UUUCUCAUUUUUACUUAAUAUUGUACCAAUUUUAUAUGUUGACUUGAAUAUUUAUUAGCUUAGUAUUUAUUUUUGUAUUACAUUAAAAUAAUUAUUUUAUAAAUAUUAUUCACUCUAAUGAAAUUGCUGUAAAAAGAUUGAAAAUGUUUAUAGAAAUUUACGUUUUGAGAUUGAAUAUUUUAUUAGCUAGUUACAUUAUCUCGAUAAUGAAUGAUUAAUAAAUUUAUGAAACUUCUCUAGAUUUUUUUUGUAUUAUUAAAUGCUUUGAAAUUUAUUAAUUUAAGUUUUCAUUUUACUAAUGUCCUUUAACCAGAAAUUUUACAAAACGAAUUAUAGUUAAACCAUAAUGUUUCAUUUAAAUUAUCUGUAACAAUUUUUUUUGUAGUUAAGAUUUGAAAGUUUUACGUUUUAAAAUUAUAUAAUAUUUUUAUCUCACUUAUUACAUCAGUUUUAUUGCUAAUUUGCUAUAGGUUUUCGAGUGCUGCCUUAUGACUUUCGAGUAAAUGGAUUCGAUUGUCCUAACUUAUGUGGCAGAAACUACAAGUACAAGCGAAAUUUAGUGUCUCAUUUAAAAAUGGAAUGCGGCAAGACACCUACUUUCAAAUGUCCAUAUUGUGAGAAGUCCACCUUUUACAAAGCCAAUCUAAGAAAACACAUACUGAAUAUACACAAAAUUAUAGAACGCGUUGUAUAUUUUUUAGAUGGUAUGGAUUAUUAUGAUGCAAAAGCUAAUCGAUACGUUUGUCCUAACGACUGCGGACGACAUUACAAAAGGAAAGGUCAUAUGACUUAUCAUAUGAAGUUUGAAUGCGGAGUGCAGCCUAAAUUUAAAUGCUGUUAUUGCAACAAAAAGUCUAAUCGCAAGUCUAACCUUAAAACACACGUGAUGGCUGUUCACAAAGUCAUGUUUGACGACUCUCUUAUAAUUUCUUCAAAUAUUUAAUACUAACUGACUUUCAUAAAACAUUUUUAUUUUAUUAAUUAAUUUUUUUAAAACUUACUCUAGUUAAAUUUUAUUUUAGUUUUAUUUUUAUUGGUAUAAUAUAAUAUAUCCAUUAUCUUGACUGAUUAUUCUAUACGUUAAUAUUAUAAUAAAUAUAAAACUUGUUGAAUUUAGAGAAUAUAAAAAGAUCUCAUAGAUACAAUAAUUGUAUGAAUAAUAUCGUAAUUCGAGUAAUGUAGAACUACAAUGUAAUAUAAUUUACCCAGAUACAGUAUCUGUUUCACUUUUCAAUGUACUGAGUUUUAUUUGGUUUAAAAAAAAUACUACAAUAGCAAAUUAAUUUUGUUUAAUAGAUAUUUUUAUAUUUAAUAUCUUACAACUCUUUAUCUGAGUGUUAAAAUAUUAAAGAUUUUUUUAAAAAUACUUAAAUUUCUAUACUAUAAAAUAAUUUGUUGAUGAAUAAAAAUUACAUUUUUAUUGGUUUAAAUAUAUAUAUUGAUUUAGAAAUGUUCUAAUGUUUUUUUUUGUUCUUGUGAAAAAAUGGUCCGACGAACAUUUUUCUAUGAAUAAAAAUUUGAUGGUUUGAAUUGAUUUGUUUUUUUAAAUGUUUGUUAGUUACUAUUGUAAAGUUUAGUUUUGUAAUGUUUAAAGUGUCAUUAAGCCUAGAUUAAAUGGUGUAGGGAGGUCAUAUACUCGAUUUUUGAUAUUAGAUUACUAACGGUCUACUUAUUAGAUCGCAGAAUAAAACGCUGGGGGUCUUAUAAGGUACCAAAGAGAGAAAAGUUUAUACUUUAAAAAUUUAAAAUAAUAAUAUAAUUUUGAGAAAUAAUUUUUUACUUAAAUAAUUGUUUAACUUUCUUACAGCUUAAAUAGCAAAAAAUCACUAAUAAGUUUUAUUUUCAUGCUUAUAUAGUUAAAGAAGUAAAUGUGUACAUUGACUAAUAAAAAACUGUGUUAAUUAAUAAAAUCAUUUUAUAGAUUUAAUUUAUUCAAGUUGAAAGCUCGUUUUUUAUUUUGGUCUCUGUUUUCUGUUGGAAAAUUUAAUUAGUUUAGAUUUAGAGCUUAGUUUUUGGGUUAAUCGACUCGUUUUUUAUAACAUUUUUCAUUCACAUAGAUAUUGCAUUAUCGUUUUUUUUAGGUUCUGAUCGAAGAUACAUAUGUCCAAAUUUGUGCGGUCACAGUUACACUAGAA